AUGGCUCAAGCAGCGGACGGCUCCGUCGUCACCAUUGAUGUCUCAACCUACGAUGUAUUUGCCGCCAAACAGUUUGCGGGAAACCAACUGGCCGUGUUCUCGGGAGCGGCGUGUCAAGAUCUCACCACGGAGCAAAUGCAGCAGCUUGCCAAGGAAAUGAACUAUGCCGAAUCCACAGAUGAUGGAACAACAACAAAGUCGGUCCUCUUGGAGUGCCAAGGAGGGACCAUUCCAGUCUCACAGGACAAAGCCGAUGGUUGUCUAUGGAUGGAACAACAACCUCCCAAAUUAGAAAUGCAACAGAAGAAUGCUAGUAUUGACUUAGAAGAGGUUGCCCAAGCACUCGAUUGCGACAUGGACGCGCUCGAUCCCAAAUAUCCAGCUCACGUGUUUUCUACGGGAGGGACCUGUUUCCUGGUUGUGGCCGUCAAAUCCUUUUCACAGUUGCAAACCAUUCAUCAUCCGGGUCCCACCAUGUUUCCCUUUUGCCACCGCUGGGGUGCCGUUGGGAUCUAUCUAGUCACUAAGGAAGGCCGUGAUGCGUCCCAUUCCAUUUCGGCUCGAUCCAUGAUUGCCGAAAUGGCCGUGCCCGAAGAUCCUGCCACGGGGAGUGCCUGUGGGUGUUUUGCGGGCUGGGCGGUUCAUACCGGGUUUCUCGAUCUAUCAUCACGUGAUGAGGACAAAACGUUUACCGUUGGGCAAGGCCAUGAAAUGGGACGCCCGUCCCUCUUGCGAGUGCGAGUUGACACCAAGGAACAUGCCAACAACCUCAAAGUUCAGGUGGGUGGUUCGGUCAUUCCUGUAGUGGAGGGAGGUCGUAUUACCGUCCGGUCAAGUCAACAUUGA